AUGACCUCGAUAAGAGGUUCCUAUCUCGGGCAAUCAUCAGGUGCGUUAGGAGGUUCCGUAUCCAACUUUCACGGCGGUGCAUAUGGAAGUGCAUCAACCACCAAUACAGGCGCAGUCUCAUCAAUCAGCGGUAGUACGAGGCACGCAGCGAGUUCUGGAUCCGCUGCCACCAAAAAGCGGCCAAUUUCUCCGGAACAAGUACUGAGGUUGUUUGGACCCCAAGGAACUACUUCCAGAACGGGUACGGAACGCAUGGCUGGCAGAAGAGGCCCUUCGCCGGCCAGUAGUCCACCGAGUACGACGCAUCAGGUUUAUCGUGAAAGGCCUAUUAUGCAACAAUCUGUUCCCAACAUUCACGAAUUGUGUACGCGAACAGUUUCUAUGAGUAGAGAUCCUGUGGAUGGUGCUCAUGGUUUUGGAAUCUGUGUGAAAGGAGGAAAAGAUGCAGGUGUCGGUGUAUAUAUUUCCCGGGUUGAAGAAGGUUCUGUAGCAGAAAGGGCCGGACUGAGGCCUGGAGACUCCAUACUAGAAGUGAAUGGCACGCCUUUCACUGCAAUUUCUCAUGAUGAAGCUCUUAAGAAAUGUACACAGAUGCUGAAGUCAUGCAGGCAUCUAAGUAUGACAGUACGAAGUCCACCUUCUUUGCCCAUGCAUCUGCAACAGCAGCCGUCUCUUCAGCAACAACAUGUCAGCAUACCAUCGUCGCACGUCGGAUUGCCACCAAUUGGCGGUGUCUUGGGAACAAAUUCUGGAACCAAUCCUGUAGUUCUGUCUCCGAGCGCACCUAUUCCUGUCGGAGCGCCUUUUGGUGGCAGCGCCCCGGGAUACGGAGCAACUGUUAGGCAAACGUCAUGCUCGUGGAUGGACCGUCAAGGGAGACCGGUUUCACCACCACCAGACUCUAGUAUGGGAAUAUGGUCAACUCGAGAUAGAAGUGUACGAAGGGUAGAACUCUGCAUUCAGCCUGGUCAAUCUUUGGGUUUGAUGAUCAGGGGUGGAGUAGAAUAUCAAUUAGGAAUAUAUAUUACGGGAGUCGAUAAAGACAGCGUCGCUGAGAGGGCCGGAUUAAUGAUUGGUGAUCAAAUUUUAGAAGUAAAUGGUCAAUCUUUUCUGGACGUGACGCAUGAUGAGGCUGUGGGACAGCUGAAAUUUCAUAAAAGGAUGUCACUGGUGGUUCGGGAUGUUGGAAAAGUUCCUCAUUCCUGCACUGCCUAUGACAAUGAACCCUUCGAUCCCGCCAGUCCGACGUCUAGACAACCUAGGUCGCCUGCUCAACAAAUGGUAGAAGAAAAAGCUCGUUCUUUACUACCCCGAGCAGAAUUCAGUGCACUAUGUUACUACACGCAGCAAUAUUGCUCAAGAAGUAUGACUUGCGAAGCCUUAGUCACAGUACUGCAAGAAAUGCUAAAUACACCAGAUAAGUUAACACUGAUGACAGAGCUCCGGGAAAUCAUUUUACCAGAAGAUCGAGUAAGAUUUGAUGAGCUAGUAUACAGAAGGGAUGCCCACAUCGAUCCUCAUGCUCGGGUGAGUAUAAAUUGA